CGACACGCCUCAUUGGGCAGAUUAUGCGCUGCAAACAAAAAGUGCUCGCGUUUAUGUGCCAGUCCGCCAGAGCAUCGGAUUUAUCAGGACGACUCUGCUCACUAAACAAGGAGGACGAUGAACGCUGUCACUUUCAAAUAACUGGGUGAUGUAUUGACAAAGCGGAAACAGUAUAAACUGUCUGGUUUUACAGCUACGCUGCAAGCAGCAUCACUUGAUUAUUGUGGAUUAUAGAGCUUUUAACAGACGAUGAUGGAAGAUUCUCUGUCUUUAAAAGCAAGUUGGGGUGCAGACGCCAGGGCGAUGCAGCAGUGUCUGACGGAUAUUUUCACCAGCGUCUACACUACUUGUGACAUCCCGGAAAAUGCCAUUUUUGGCCCCUGCAUUUUGAGCCACACGUCCCUGUAUGACAGCAUUGCUUUCAUUGCUCUUAAAUCUACAGACAAGCGAACAGCACCUUACAUCUUCAGAGUGGACACCUCGGCUGGGUGCGGCUCCUCGGAGGGCCUGGCGUGGCUGCGGCUGGUCCAGUCGGCCCGGGACGGGGAGGAGCAGAACCUAGAGGCCUACGUUAAGAACGGGCAGCUGUUCUACAGGUCCCUGCGCCGGAUCGAGAAGGACGAGGAGCUGCUGGUCUGGUACGGGAAAGACCUCACGGCCUUACUGCUCCUCAGCUUCACCGGGGCAAGCGGGAAGAGCAAAGGUGCACCUCCUUAUCUGUGCCAGGAUUGCAACCAGCGCUUCCAGUUUGAAUUCCCAUUUCUGGCUCAUCUGAGAUUCUGCUGCACCAAGGGACUGUAUCGUAUGAAUGGCGCAGAUGGGGAUUCUGCAGACCGCCUCCACCACAGGGACCUCAUUCCCCUGCGGCCCAGUCCUGAGCCCCUCAGAUCGGACAGGCGGUCGAACUCACGGGACGCGAAACCUGCAACCGACUUUCACAACUUAGCCAGGGACCUGGAAAACAGCAGAACACGGCCACCCAGCGGCAAGGAGGCGGAGAUCAGAAGCGGGAGCAAGAGGAAGUACUCCGAGGAGGAGGAGGAGGAGAAGAGGAGCAGGAGCUCCUCUAAAUCCCCCGUGUCCAAGGAGGGUUUAGAGUGCGCGUCCCAACAGUGCGGAGAGGCCUUUGAUUUGGGGGAGAGCAGACGGCCCUUUUCGCCCUCCCGCCCCGAGCCGGUGGAACUGAAGAAGAGCGCGUUCACAGAGGUGAGGAAGGCCUCAGAGAGCCUGCGGCAGAGCCUCAGAAGCGGGGAGAGCGGGGACGGCGGCAGGCCGAGCGCGCUCACGAGCGUCAGGCUGGCCCUGACGGAGGCGCGGCCCCGCCCCCACGCCGAGGGCCCCGCCCCCGGAAGCGCGUUCCGCUCGGUGCCCCGGGACCCGGACAGGAAGAGCGCGUUCAGCCAGCCCGCUCACCCCAACGCCCGGCUGCCCCCUCUGCUGAUGCCCGCGAAGCUCCUCCCCUCGGCGAACUGCCACCCCGCCGCGGGCGACGCAGGCAGGCUCUGCCAGGCCAGCCACCUGAUCUCCAGGCUGCAGGGCCAGGACGCGCUGCGCGACGGGGGCCCCGGGCGCACCCCCUUCCUGUUCGCCGCGCCGUACUGGCCGAAGGCCUCCGGGGCGACGCGGGUGCAGGCGCCCUCCGCCCUCACGCUCCUGCCCCCGUCCUUCACCUCCCUCUGCCUGCCCGCGCAGAACUGGUGCGCCAAGUGCAACGCCUCCUUCCGCAUGACCUCCGACCUGGUGUACCACAUGCGGUCCCACCACAAGAGGGAGCUGUCCGUGGAGCCGCUGGUCAAACGGAGGAGGGAGGAGAAGCUCAAGUGCCCCGUCUGCAACGAGGCCUUCAGAGAGCGGCACCACCUCUCGCGUCACAUGACCUCACACAACUGACCGUGAUGUCACGGGUUGGGUCGGGUCGGGUCGGGGUGGAGAACACUUGUGUGUCUCGUUCCAUUGUUGUAAUGAAACUGGCCAUACACUAUGAAUGCACACGCUUUCACUUUCCAAAAAAAAAAUAAACUUUUGUUUUUUUGUUUGUUUUCCAAAAGAUUUCA